CCUAAUUCCUUGUGUCCGGUCUUGAUUCAAACAGAUGUUUAUUUGUAGCCUUGGUAGCUAAACUAACAAGAUCAAGUCAUUAAAUCUAGGUCCAAAAUGUCGGAUUUUGAUGAAUUCGAGAGGCUGUUGACUGAAAAUAAGAAAGAGCGGGACAAGGAGAAUCGGCACGGACGGCGCACACUGUCCCGCAGUCGCAGCCGAGAAAGGAAGAAGAGGAGCUGGGAAAGGAGGAAGAGUAGGGCAAGCCGCAGCGACAGCAAGGACCACCAACACAGGCGCAGCACACAGACUCAAAAACAAUCCCAAGAGACUGUUGUGAGUCGCUCUCCAGCUCUGCACAGAGAGAAGAAGAAAGUGAGGAAGUACUGGGAUGUUCCGGCACCAGGCUUCGAACAUAUCACCCCCCUGCAGUACAAGGCUAUGCAGGCUGCUGGCCAGAUCCCAGCCACAGCCCUACUGCCCACCAAGAUAACUCCAGAGGGGCUGGCCUCCACCCACACUUCUGUACCUGUGGUGGGCAGCCAAAUGACCAGGCAGGCCAGGAGGCUCUACGUUGGCAACAUACCUUUCGGAAUCACAGAGGAGGCUGUGAUGGAUUUCUUCAAUGCCCAGAUGCUCCUCGGCGGUCUUACCCAGGCCCCUGGCAACCCUGUUCUAGCUGUGCAGAUAAACCAGGACAAGAACUUUGCCUUCCUCGAGUUCCGCUCGGUGGACGAGACGACCCAGGCCAUGGCCUUUGACGGCAUCAUCUUCCAGGGUCAGAGCCUGAAGAUCAGAAGGCCUCACGACUACCAGCCCCUUCCCGGCAUGAGUGAAAGCCCCAGUGUCUAUGUACCAGGAGUGGUUUCGACCGUGGUGCCAGACUCAGCCCACAAACUCUUCAUCGGUGGCUUGCCAAAUUAUCUCAAUGAUGAUCAGGUAAAAGAGCUAUUGGUCUCCUUUGGACCUCUGAAGGCCUUCAACCUGGUCAAAGACAGCACCACGGGCCUCUCCAAGGGCUACGCCUUCUGUGAAUAUGUGGACGUCAGUUUGAAUGACCAAGCCAUUGAAGGGUUGAAUGGGAUGCAGCUGGGGGACAAGAAGCUCCUGGUCCAGAGAGCCAGUGUUGGGGCCAAGAACGCAGCUCUGAUAGGUAUGAACCAGACCCCGGUGAUCCUCCAAGUGCCAGGCCUGAUGCCCACCUCCAUGGCCUUGCUGGGUGGCCUGCCCACUGAGGUGCUCUGCCUGAUGAACAUGGUGGCUGUGGAGGAGCUGCUGGAUGACGAGGAGUACGAGGAGAUCGUGGAGGACGUCCGCGGUGAGUGCAGCAAGUACGGCCAGGUGAAGAGCAUCGAGAUCCCCCGGCCUGUGGAUGACCUGGAGGUCCCAGGCACUGGGAAGAUCUUUGUGGAGUUCAUGACCCUGUUUGACUCCCAGAAGGCCAUGCAGGCACUGACAGGCAGGAAGUUUGCCAACAGGAUGGUGGUGACCAAGUACUGUGACCCAGACGCCUACCACCGCCGAGACUUCUGGUAGACCUGAGAAGCAGAGAGAGGGAGAGAAGCAGAGUUUCAUGUUAUUUAUGUAAUGAUAUGAAUAUUUAUGACCAUCACAACACUCAACUUUUUGCACUUUUUUAAAAGAGGAGGCGUAGAAAGUUCAUUUAAGGCCACUUAUCACUGUAAAAUCAGCAGAAUUGGUUGAAGUAUUACUUUUGUCCUCGUCGCUUAUAAUUGUAUGAUUUCAUUCAAUGAAUCAAGUUCAAUCAUGAUUUUAACCAUUUUAUUUGUCCAUGCCUGAGCCUCAGGUACCAGUUGUUUAUUGUUACACCAAAUGACCAAAAGUAUGUGAACACCUGCUCAUCGAACAUCUCAUUCCAAAAUCAUGGGCAUUAAUAUGGAGUUGUUC